AUGUCUUGCCUCGCUAGAGCUGCCGGCCGGUCCGGAGGGAGCGGAUCCGUCCGAGUGUCCGCUGGAGGAGGCAGCUUCAGCAGCAGAAGCCAGUGCGGCAUCGGGGGAGGCUCGGCCUACGGGGCCGGAGGAGCCGGCAGCUGCAGGAUGGGUGGGGGAGCAGGUGGCGGAUUCGGAGGAGGCUUCGGAGGUGGAUGCGGGAGCUCGGUCGUAGGAGGUUACGGAGGUGGCUUUGGGUCCGGCUUUGGUGGAGGUGCCGGCGGAGGACACGGCGCUGGGGCUAGUGGAGGAUUUUAUACGUACGGCGGUGGGGUCGGCGGUGGGGUCGGUGCUGGCUUCGGUGGCGGUUCUGGGGAUGGAGGCCUCUUCUCCGGAGGCGAAAAGCAAACCAUGCAGAACCUCAACGACCGCCUGGCGAGCUACCUGGACAAGGUGCGAGCUCUGGAGGAGGCCAAUACCGACCUGGAGGUCAAAAUCAAGCAGUGGUAUGAGAAAUUCAGGCCCGGCUCGACGGAUCCGGGAUCCGGCCGUGACUACAGCAAGUAUUACCCCAUCAUCGACGAUCUGCGGAGUAAGAUCAUAGCUGCUACAACUGACAAUGCAGGGAUGGUUCUGCAGAUUGAUAAUGCCAGGUUGGCUGCCGAUGACUUCAGAAUGAAAUAUGAGAAUGAGAUGGGCCUGCGUCAGAGCGUGGAGGCCGAUAUCAAUGGCCUGCGUAAAGUCCUCGAUGACCUGACCAUGACCAGAUCUGACCUGGAGAUGCAGAUCGAAAGCCUGAAUGAAGAGCUGGCUUACCUCAAGAAGAAUCACGAGGAGGAAAUGAAGGGAAUGCAGGGAAGCUCCGGUGGGGACGUGACCGUGGAGAUGAACGCUGCUCCGGGAACCGACCUGACCAAGCUGCUCAACGACAUGCGUGCUCAGUACGAGGCUCUGGCUGAGCAGAAUCGCAAAGAAGCCGAAGACCAGUUCAAUAAGCAGAGCGCUUCGCUGCAGGCCCAGAUCUCCACCGAUGCCGGGGCGGCCACCUCGGCCAAGAGCGAGAUAACGGAACUGAAACGGACUCUCCAAGCCCUGGAGAUUGAGCUUCAGUCCCUCAUGGCCAUGAAAUGCUCCCUGGAAGGCACCUUGGCAGACACGGAAUCCGGCUACGUUAUGCAGCUCUCCCAGAUUCAGCAGCAGAUCAGCAGUCUGGAGGAGCAGAUCUGCCAGAUCCGAGGCGAGACCGAAUGCCAGAACUCUGAGUACGAACAGCUCCUGGACAUCAAGACCCGCCUGGAGAAGGAGAUCGAGACCUACCGCCGCCUUCUCGACGGAGAGGCAGGUGGUUCCGGUUUUGGUUCGGGAGGAGGAUCCAGGAGCUCCGCGGCGGUUGAUUCAAGAGUAGGACAAGGAAAAGAUGCCAACAAGACUAGAGUGACUAAAACCAUUGUAGAGGAGCUGGUUGAUGGAAAAGUUGUCUCGUCUCAAGUCAGCAACGUUUCUGAGAUGAAAGUUAAAUAA